AUGGCAGAUCCUUCAGUGGUGGAUCACUUGACACGACUGAGACUCAAGCUCCUAGAAAAGAGACUAGAAAAUGAACAGGAGAAGCUAGAGAAGAUGGAGUCGCCUCUUCCAGCUGCAAGGAACAGAUGUGAGGAUGUGCUACAAAGUGCCCUAAGGCGAAGGAAAGAUCUCCUGCAGGAGCUAAGGGAGCAGCACCUUCUGGAAGAGCUUUCACAGCCCCCUGCACCAGCUGGAGGACACUGUCACAACCACAGAGCUGCUGCCCCACAAAUCUACCAGAUACCUUUUCCAGCUCCAGAGGAGCCACCAAGGAUUAUCCAGCAGACGAUGCCACCUCAGCCUGCCACCAUCAUCCAGCAGCUACCUCAGCAGCAGCCUCCCCUGAUCACACAGAUCCCUCCUGCCCAACCUCUUGCAGCCCCCCGGCCUGGAAGCAUUAAAGAAGAUAUGGUAGAGAUGAUGCUCAUGCAGAACGCUCAGAUGCACCAGAUCAUCAUGCAGAACAUGAUGCUGAAGGCUCUGCCACCAAUGGCAUUCACACAGCCUGCUGGAGCCAACCCUCCCCUGCUUCACUGUGCACAGCAGGACCUGCAGGUUCCUGCUCCCCUGGCUGUGAAAGCAGACAGGCCCAGGCCAUCUGUGGUGCACCACCACCACUACCCUGCUGCAGGGAUGCUCCCAGUGCCCCAUGAGCAAUUCCCAUCCACAUCCACAGCACAUCACUGGACCAGCGGCACGCUGCCUGUCCUGCCCACGUAA